GAAUAUAUAUGUAUGCAGAGACAGAGAGAGAGAGAGGGAGAGAGAGGUAUUGAAGGUUUUUGAUUCUCCAAAACCCAUCAUCGUAAAUAUCUCAGAAGAAUCUCAACCAUGUAUAGGUUAGGGUUGUGCAGAGAAGUAAGGACCAAAGCUCAGGCAACGGCUCUGAUUUGGCUCAGUUCCUAUUCCAAUCGUUCCAGAUCAUUACAUUCACCAUCUUUUGCUACUGUAGCUGUUGAAGAUAUCUCAGGUUCUCAACCUGCAGAGGUACACAACUUGGUGCAGGGUCAUUGGAAGGGAUCAUCAAGUUGGAGUACGAUUCUAGAUCCUUUAAAUGGUGAGCUUUUUAUUAAAGUUGCUGAUGUGCUUGAGACAGGGCUAAAGCCAUAUGUGGAGAGCUUGUCCAAGUGUCCAAAAUAUGGCCUUCACAACCCACUUAGGGCUCAAGAGAGGUAUAUUAUGUUUGGUGACAUAUCUGCGAAGGCUGCUCAUAAACUUUCUCUUCCUGAGGUUUCAAAUUUCUUCACAAGAUUAAUACAAAGGGUUUCUCCCAAGAGUUAUCAGCAGGCAUAUGCUGAGGUCUUUGUUUCCCAGAAGUUUCUAGAGAAUUUCUCUGGUGACCAGGUUCGUUUCCUAGCAAGGUCUUUUGCAGUACCUGGAAAUCAUCUCGGGCAGCAAAGUCAUGGUUUCCGUUGGCCAUAUGGUCCUGUGGCACUUGUCACUCCCUUUAAUUUUCCAUUGGAGAUUCCUUUAUUGCAAUUGAUGGGUGCACUUUAUAUGGGCAACAAACCUACUCUUAAAGUCGAUACCAAGGUAAGCAUCGUGAUGGAGCAAAUGCUUCGGUUGCUUCACGAUUGUGGGUUACCCAUGGAGGAUGUUGACUUCAUUAACACUGAUGGACUGACGAUGAAUAAACUCUUGUUGGAGGCAAACCCACGAAUGACACUUUUUACUGGAAGCUCACGCGUGGCAGAGAAGUUGGCCGUUGACCUGAAAGGGCGUGUUAAAUUGGAAGAUGCAGGUUUUGAUUGGAAAAUCCUUGGUCCUGAUGUUCAACAGGUUGAUUAUGUUGCAUGGGUUUGUGACCAAGAUGCAUAUGCCUGUAGUGGUCAGAAGUGCUCUGCACAAUCUAUUCUAUUUAUGCAUGAGAACUGGAAAUCAAGUGAGCUCCUUCCCAAAAUGAAAUCCCUUUCUGAGAGAAGGAAACUAGAAGAUUUAACUAUUGGUCCUGUUCUUACUGUUACAACUGCUAGCAUGCUAGAACAUAUGUAUAGUUUGCUUGAAAUUCCAGGAUCAAAGCUACUCUUUGGAGGUGAAGCUUUACAAAACCAUUCUAUUCCGAAGAUAUAUGGGGCUAUGAAGCCGACUGCUGUUUUUAUUCCAUUGGAUGAAAUGCUAAAGGACAACAACUUCAAUCUUGUUACAAAAGAGAUCUUUGGACCAUUCCAGAUUGUUACUGAAUAUAAACAGGAUCAGCUUGAAAUGGUGUUGGAUGCUUGUGAGAGGAUGCACGCGCAUUUGACCUCUGCGGUGGUUUCAAAUGAUAUCUUAUUUCUGCAGGAAGUUCUUGGGAGAUCCGUAAAUGGUACAACGUAUGCAGGAAUCCGGGCCCGAACGACAGGAGCUCCACAGAACCAUUGGUUUGGACCAGCUGGUGACCCCAGGGGCGCUGGGAUUGGAACCCCAGAAGCGAUAAAGCUUGUUUGGUCUUGCCACAGAGAGAUCAUAUAUGACAUGGGUCCUCUGCCUGAGGACUGGGAAGUCCCGCCAUCCACUUGAAUGUUUAAAACAUACCCAAAAGGAGUAAAUAAGGCGACCACAGUUCAGGUGAAUUGGGUACUGUGGAGAAUUUCAGUUGGUACUCUGUAAUAUUCAGGCAGCAGCAAUCUAUUCUGUAUCUAAUAAUAUCAUAAUCUGUGAGUGUUGUUUCACCCAAAAGGCUUAUGCGAUGAUGCCUGUUCUC